AAAUGGCAUAAAAGUCAACAUGUUGAACAGCGGCUGGAAAAAUAUAGCCCCAGAUAUUAUGCUGUAGUGAUGCGUGUGUGUGCGAGAAGACUUUUCAUAUCUGGCCAGGCUAUAAAGUAUAAAUUACGGCAAAUGUGUUACGCAGCGCAACAGUCCGGGCCGCUGAGCCAUCGCACGCACAACUAACUAACAACUAUUAAGCCUGUGGGUUGUGUGUCUCUGUCUCUGUCUCUGUCUCUGUCUCUGUCUCUGACUUCAUCUCCGGGUGAAAUAUAGUAUAUGGCCAAAGACAUCGGGCGUAAUCAACAUGCGUGGCACUCUGUGCGUUUUACACAUGCGCCAUGCCAUUUUUCCGGUGAUUAAGUGUUGAUAAGUCUAUAAAUUAACUCGAACACACGCGUCUGCCGACAACGCAAGUCAGACAAUGGCUGGGAAGUGAAACGGUGGCCUACAUGUCGGCUACGCAAUGUAUAUGCUAAAAGCACAGACACAUCCAUGCAUUAAUCAUGCCUCAAAGACAUUUACAUCUGUAUGGCCAAAGCCGAAUGGUCGAUUGUGGGUAAAACUGUUGCCUACUUAAUGAUACGGCCCUGGGGAGAAAUAGUGUGGAAAGCAAAACAAAUUAGAAAUUCAAGCUGAGAAACGCAUUGCAGGGAAACGAACGAAACAACUGACCCAUUGGCUAAGAUAAAUACAGAGUCUUUGGCAAUUGCCACAUCAGUUUAAGUCAAACUUGAAGACCGCAAGGAAGCGAAAUGUUUUUUAAAUAUUUGCGAAAGCCAACUCCAACGGAUCUCUUGACUUCAGGCGAGGCUUUUCAGUAUUUUGAGUAUGGUAUGUCGGUGCUGGGUUGGAAGGCUCCACCAAAAUACCAGUUUGUGUACAGCAUAUUGGCAUUUUUCCUUAUUUCCUGGUGUGUUUACUACCUGCCGAUCGGAAUCAUAAUCAGUUUUAUUAUGGAUAUCAAAAACUAUAAUCCCAGUGAAUUGCUAACUGUUCUGCAACUAUUUUUUAACUCCGUCGGUACGCCUUUAAAAAUACUAUUUUUGCGAAUGCACCUGUGGCGAUUUCGCGAGGCUAAAAAUCUGCUUAUUCAAAUGGACAAUCGCUGCACUGCAUUUGUAGAGCGCCUUGAGGUUCAUAAAUGGGUGGUCAAUUGCAACAAGACCUACCUCAUCUAUAUCUGUAUGUAUAUCGGAUAUACCUUGUCCACUUUCUUUUCGGCUGCUUUCUCGGGAGUGCUGCCCUGGCGCAUCUAUGUCCCAUUUAUUGACUUUCGGCACUCAGCAACGAGUUUCUGGAUGGCUGCCACACAUGAGACCUUACUCAUGCUGUUUUCUGUGUCGCAAACGCUAUUAACCGAUAUUUACCCCGUGCUGUACGGACUUAUGCUGAGAGUUCACAUCAGACUACUGCGAAUGAGGGUCGAGGAACUGUGCACAGAUCCCGACAAGAGCGAAAAUGAAAAUAUGGAGGAUUUGAUCAGCUGCAUCAAGGAUCAUAAACUUAUUCACGAAUGCGCUCAAAUGAUUCAUCCUGUCAUCGCUCGCACUAUCUUAGUCCAGUUUCUUCUGAUCGGCCUUCCUCUGGGAUUCUCCAUGAUAAAUCUAUUCUAUUUUGCCGAUUUGUGGACAGGUUUGGCCACAGUGGCCUAUAUAAACGGCCUGAUGAUGCAGACAUUCCCGUUCUGCUUCCUUUGUGACCUGAUUAAAUCGGAUUGCGAACUUCUGCAGAUUGCUAUAUUUCAUUCGAACUGGCUUAACACAAGUCGAAGAUACAAGACUUCAUUGAUCUUUUUUUUGUUUAAUUCCCAAAAGUAUAUUAUUUUUACAGCUGGCUCAGUUUUUCCCAUUUCCACGAGCACAAACGUUAAGGUAGACUUCAAAUUUACAUGACUUUUUUUGAAAAUGUACUAAUAUUUUAUAUUUUCAGAUGGCUAAAUUGGCAUUUUCC